AUGAAGACCUUUGCCUUGCUCCUCUCUUUUCUAGCUGCUACACAAGCAGCCAACCUUCGAAGCACUACUUCUGCCCAGGACGAACUAAAGCAGGAAGAUCAGCAAGCACGAAACUUGCAACUAAUCAAUGCUGAUCUGCUCAAUGGACUCAUUGGGACAUUCUUUGAACCACAAAUUGAUGAUCUUUUGCAAGGUGUCUUGGGCGAUAACUUUGACCCCAUUUAUUUGGGCCAAGAAACCACCAUUCAAACCGAAGAAUUGGAGCUGGCACUUCCACCCAAUGGACUUGUCACAUGCCAAAGCUCUGCUUCCAUCACUUAUGGACUGGGCUACAUUUCAGGCCUCAGUUCCAUUCAAGUCAAUUCUUUGGAACUGGUACCCGGCACGGAAAACAUCAACAUUGGCAUGCAAAACAUCCUCACACCGUCGGCCACAUGGAGUGGCACCUGGCUGGUCAAUGCCACCUUGGAUAGCUUGACGGCAGAAACCAGUGUCACAUUGAGUGCACAAGCCUGCGGUAUCCCUUUGGAACAAAAGGUGACCGGUACCACCACCCUCCAAACUCCCUCCUUGCAAGCUUCCUUGACCAUGGGAGGCGAUACGGACAAUUUGAUUCUAUUGACAUCCACCAGUGAAAUCACCACGGCACAAGCGGAAACCAUUGACUUGGAGUUUGGAGCGGUCGAUGCGGGUAUUGAACUUGGUGGAACCCUCAUUCCGGACUUUGCAUUGGGCAAUUCCUUUGAUUCCUUUUUGCUCAAUCAGCUGGUGAAUGAACUGGAACCACGCAUUGUGGAUCUAUUGAAUCAAGCAUUGACAGAGCAGCUCCCCAUCUCGUUGCAGCAGUAA